AUGGCGGACGCGGACGAAGAUGCGAUGCCUCGUAUGGGCACAGGUGGUGAAGACACCGAUUUAUCAGACGAGACGCAAGACUUUCGCUUCCUCUCCAUAAUCUCUCGCGAAGAUGCCUCGAUCCCCAAACGCGGCGAAAAAGAUUUCGAGCCACACGCGACCGCGCUCCAAUCCAACACCCUCGCCGCCUCGCGACAAGCGAUGCACAACGCGCUCUCCUUCCAACGCAUCCACCCGAACAAGACGCACAACAUCGGCACCUACCAUCCCGAGACGAACAAGGCCUACGUGACCAAUCCGCGAGGAGCAAUACUUCCCAAACUCGGCCAUGUGCUCUCCGCCAAGGAUGAUCCCCUCGGACCCGCAGCGGGGAAAUUGCAGCGAUUGUGGCUGUUACCUGAGGAAGCGAUUUACUGUCUGGAACGGGGAUCACUCGAUAUUCGAUGGCCGAAGGCCGACGACACGGUGUCCGGCGAUGGCGACGAUGAUGGCGAUGACGCGGAGUAUGGUCUCCCUAUGAGUCUGCAGGCGGCGUAUGCGAUGUUUCUCGGCGACGGCUCAUCGGAGAGGGAGUCACUCACGCUGGAGAGAUAUAAUGUCUAUGCUAAUCUCAAACGGAUGGGCUACCUGGUCCUGCGAGCGCCGAGUUGGCAUGGCAUCGGCGAUGUCCUUGGGAAGGAGACGUUUGCUCCUUUACAGCAGCCGCCGUGGCAGUUGGGUUUGCGCAAUCCCUGGGUCCUACUCCAACAUCUAUUCUCAGGAGGCGAUGCAGAUGCAUCGGCGUUGAACGCGCCAUGUCGUUCGGAGAAGCUAGGGCCCGUCGUCCCACCGGGAGUGUACAGAAAUUACGCCAGCGUCUACCGCAAACUCGCCCUCGUCCCCUUCCACGAUCCCACAAAGCAACAUCGACCGGCGGGCCUUUCUCCUCUCCUUCCCCAAACCUCGCCCGAUUUCCGGAUAACAUACCACGUCUACAAGCCGAGCGCGACGAAUUUCAAGAAAUCCGCCCCGGGUCCACCGGACUUCCGGAUCGCGGUAGUCAAUGCGCGGGAGACGGGCGUGCCGACGCUAGAGGAUCUCUCGCGAUUGAUGGAGACGACGCCGUAUGACCCUCCGGUCCAUCCGGCGUCCAAGCCGCCGAUGUCGUUGUAUCAGAAACUCAAAUAUGGAUAUAAGAAUGUCACCUUGGCGAUCGUCGACCAAGGUGUCAUCAGCUAUCUGCGGAUCGCGGACGCGGCGUUCGGGAUGGAGAAGUUAUUCCUGAGGGAAUUCAAAGGCCCUGGAGCGAAGAGAGGUGGUGGUGGAGGUAGAGGAGGUCGAGGAGGUGCUCGAGGGGAAAGAGGCGGAGGAGGACGAUGA